GUUUUAUACUGAGCUCGUGAAGCGGACUGUUAUAUUUUCCUUCCAGAAUAUACGGUUGAAUAGCAGCUAGACCUGAUUCUAUUAAGAUGAACAUGUACCAGGUCCCCAACCCUGGCCUGCCGGGAUGCCCACCCGGGUUAGAAUAUCUAACACAGGUUGAUCAGCUACUCAUCAAACAGAAAGUCGAGUUUAUUGAAGAUAGUGACCAUGGAUGAAGUGGAUAAGAUAGGGAAGAUCAGCAAGCAGUGGACCGGUCUACUCCGUGAGGCGUUCACGGACGCUGAUAACUUUGGAAUCCAGUUCCCCAUGGAUCUUGACGUGAAGAUGAAGGCUGUGAUGAUAGGAGCUUGUUUCCUCAUCGAUUUCAUGUUCUUUGAGAGCGGUAACCAACCCUAGCAGCUGAGGAGUAGUCUACAUCUCAGACAGUCUGCACUCCUGGAGCUAUAACUUCCUGCUGGUCAUGGACAAGGUCUCAGAUAGACAUGGCACUAUGUGUGACAUAUCUUGUUGGCAUAGUAAGAACCAUAGAAAUAGAUCUACCAAGGGAUUACAGGUGAAUGUAAUGUAAUGGCCGCUGGCACUAGUUUUAGCUUCUGGGGUUGGUACCCAUUGCAGCUAAACCAGUCAAACCAGGUGUGUCAGUGUCCAUUGUUCUGUAUAUAUUAAGAGAUUGUAUAUAAAGGCGUGUUCGUAUGUGUGUUUUUACAGUGUGUACAUUGUGGUUGCGUUGCCCACAACCCUCAGUCUGAUAAAGGGUUGUGUGGUACCACUUUACCCAUUUGCCACAAGUGAAAAUAAAAUGAACACCAUCUUUAUCUAAACCACUAUGCUGAAGGGAACGUGAAAAGGAAAUGAGAGAUGAAGAAAUGCUCUGUAGCUUAAAGAAGAAAUCUACAAAAACAUGUUAUAUUUUUUGGUAAAUCGGAAGACCUUAAUAUGUUCUGUGUCAACAGUAUAUUAAGUUACCGUAUAUGCUACUGUGUUUUGCUCGAGACAUGUAGUAUUUUGAGACUUUUGAUAUUUUAUUUAUUUAUUUGUGUAUUUAUGUACUUAAUAUUGUUUAUUGUUUUCAUGUGAUUGUAAUUUUGUGGGAAAUUUGACAUAAUAUUCAGUAUUAAAAACAUCCUCCAGUGA